AUGAUAGCCGACACGCCUAAUCUUAUUGAAGAUAUACAACAAAUCGAUAACAUGUCUAAGCAUAAGAAUAAAUUGAACAAUAAUAAAAGACCUUUACAAGGUGAUCCACAAUCAGACUCCAAACGCAGGAAUAAAGGUGAUGAUCUCACCAACAACGAAAAAGGACAAAAUGAAAAAAUAGCAAAUAAUCAAGGAUACAGUCAAGAUAUGGAUAAUACUAAGCCACAAAUUUUCUAUAGGGAAAACAUCCCUGGCCCUUAUAGUGUCCAGGUCAGGAGCCUCAUUCCUAAUGCAGAAGUUAGCCAAUUCAAAAUUGGUAGUCUAGUCUACAAGUUAUACCCCAGUAUUCAGGAAAUAUAUAGAAGAGGCCGCUCAAGAGUAGAGAUCAUCUUCUUGAACAGAGAACAAGCUAACGACUUGGCUAACAAUAAGUCAUUGCGUAACUACAAUCUCGAAGCCUAUGUUCCAGGCUUUCGCAAGUCUAGAAAAGGCAUUAUAAGAGGCAUUGAUGUUGACUUCAGUGAAGAUGAAAUCUUAGAAGGUGUUAAAGGAUUAAACACAAUCAACAUUCUUGAUGUGAGAAGACUCAUAAGCAAAGUGAAAAAUGAAACAGACAAAGAAAAGAAAUGGGUUCCAACAAGAUCUGUUGUCCUGUCUUUUGAGGGACAAAACUUACCUGGUUAUAUAUACAUAUGGGGCGUUCGUGCCAAGGUCGAACCCUAUGUACAAAACGUUAUGCAAUGUUAUAACUGCCUGAAAUUUGGUCAUAUAACAAAAACAUGUAGAGGCAAAUCAGUUUGCUUUAAUUGUGGUGAACUACAACACCCUAAUUUACCAUGCCAAACUACCACACCAAGAUGUGCUAACUGUAAAGCAGAUGAUUCUUUGAGCCCUGAUGAAAUCAAUCAUGUUAGCAUUAGUUCUAAGUGUCCUAAAAUGAUAGAACAAAAAAAAAUUAACAUACAAAUGGCAUAUGAAAAUUUAAGCUUUGUUGAAGCAAGAGCUCUGGUUGUUCCUAAGAAGAACACUUCCAGCAAUGCCAAUACCGUUAUGAAGACCAAAGAAAACUUCCCAACCCUGGACAACGCCAAAUCUAGAAUUCCUAGAAUGUCGAAUCAAUCCAAUAGGACUAAUAUACACAAGCCAUCUUAUUCAAAUAUUUAUAACCAAGCAGAGACUUACAAAGAUGUUGCAGAGAUAAAUGAAAUGGAUGUUUCUAACAUCACCUUUCCCAUGGACAACAGUAAUUUAUCACAAGACUCCCUCUCAAUCCUAAGCGAGGUUUCAUCAAAUAAACCACCUAAGAAGGACAACUUGAGACUCAUGGCUACUACGAAGAAACUUAGCGAUAGAAUCAAGAACGGCUCUAUUCGUGAGUCUUGA